UUGUUUUUUGUUAGCGAUAACAUAAUCAAAACAUAAUGUUGUACUGCAAAUGAUGGUAUUCUCUCACAGAUUGCUGGCAUUUCUCUCUGAAAUUUACGGAUAUUGAUACGUGUUGUUUAAAGCACUUUUAAAAAAAAAAUUAUAAGUGAUAAAAUUUUGUCAAAAUGGGGAAGAGACAGCAUCAAAAGGAUAAAAUGUACUUAACGUACACAGAGUGGUCAACUCUGUAUGGAGGGAAGCGUCCUGGGCGUCCAACAAGCGAGAAGGCUAAUUUUCGACGUUUGCCAUUUGAUCACUGCUGCAUCACUUUGCAACCUUUUGAACACCCCUAUUGUGAUUUGAAAGGAAAUAUUUACGAGCUCCAGGCAAUCAUUGACUUCAUCAAGAAAUUCCGCAAGAAUCCUUGCACUGGGGAGCCCAUCGACGCCAAAUCCCUUAUCAAGCUGAACUUCCACAAAAAUGCAGAGGGAAAGUAUCAUUGUCCUGUUCUGUACAAAACGUUCACAAACAAUUCCCACGUUGUUGUUGUUAAGAACACAGGAAACGUCUUUUCUUUUGAGGCUAUUGAACAACUAAACAUUAAGACAAAAAGCUUCAAGGAUUUGCUGACGGAUGAACCAUACCAGCGUAAAGAUCUCAUUACCCUUCAGGACCCGUCGAACGUUGACAAAUUUAACCUCUCAACCUUCUACCAUCUGAAGCAUGAUUUGAAACUGGUGGAUGACGAACCCGAGGAAGACCCUAAUGCCAGGCUUAAGUCUGUCAAUGUUGAAACUAGAGAGACCUUGGCCCAACUGGAGCGAGACUAUAAGCCUUCAACCUCGGAAGUACCAAAAGCUAGCAAAAAGGCAGACAAAUUUAAUGCUGCUCACUAUUCCACUGGAAUGGUUGCUGCUGGGUUUACAUCCACAGUAAUGGCCCCAGUCUUGGAGCACGAAGAUGCUAUUAUCGACGAAGACCUUGUGCGAUAUGAACGAGUGAAGAAGAAGGGCUAUGUACGGCUCAUGACCAACAAGGGACCUCUAAAUUUAGAGCUGUACUGUGACGUACUGCCCAAAACCUGUGAAAAUUUUAUGAAGCUCAGCGCCAGUGGCUAUUACAAUGGCACAAAGUUUCAUAGAUCGAUUAGGAAUUUUAUGAUCCAAGGUGGAGAUCCAACUGGGACAGGUUUUGGUGGAAAAUCAAUCUGGGGAAAACCAUUCGAAGAUGAAUUCAAACCUAAUCUGACUCAUACUGGCAGGGGAGUCCUGUCCAUGGCAAACAGCGGACCAAAUACAAAUAAAUCCCAGUUCUUCAUCACAUACCGCUCAUGUCGUCAGCUCGACAACAAGCAUACAGUGUUUGGAAAAGUUGUUGGUGGUUUGGACACGAUGAACAAAAUGGAAAUGAUUGAGGUUGACAACAAAGACAGGCCGAUCGAAGACAUUGUUAUUAUAUCCGCACAAGUUUUUGUUGAUCCCUUCCAAGAAGCCGAAGAGCAACUUGCUGCUGAGCGUGAGGCGGAGGAAAAGAGGAAGGCUGAUGAAAAAGCAGCUGAAAAGAACAAGGCAGCCAUUGCAAAAGCCAACGCACCUUUAACUGUUUAUAGGAGUGGCGUUGGAAAAUACUUGAGCUUGCCAAGCACCUCUCAAAUGUUGAAAGGGGAUGACGCAACUACUUCGGAGCCUGCGCCCAAGAAAAAGAAGGAACUGCCUGGUUAUAAAUUUGGUGCUUUUAAUAAUUGGUAAAAAUUGUGGAAAUAGUAAUCUUGUGUGCAUCAUUAUUUUUACUGUAUUAUAUUAUAAACAAUUAGCAAUAACUACAAAAUAAAAUAAAAAUA